AUGGACAAGGUCACACAAGUUGUCGUCUUCUCGUCGACCGCGAUCGCCCUUUAUGGCUACGAUCAAGGUAUGAUGAGUUUGAUCAACACCAAUGAAGAUUAUCUCAGCACAAUGGGUCUUCCUGAGGAGAGUCCCAUCGUUGGUCUCAUUGUAGCUUUGUACUACCUGGGUACUGCUGUUGGAGCUGUCAUUUUCUCGUUCCUGGCCGACCGCUUCGGAAGAAAGCCCGCUCUCUUUGGAUGUCUCGCCAUGUCUUCGCUAGGAAAUUUGGUCAUGUUUGUUGCUGGACUGAAGUUCUCUCAAGGGGCCAUAAUUGUCAUGAUUGUUGGCAGAAUUGUGAUGGGAUUGGGCGUAGGUGGUGUUGAUGCCGUUGUUCCGGUCUACAGCUAUCCGAAGACGAAGCCCGCGCUCGGGUUGACUGUUGCUCUGGGAAAGUCCAAUCAAUGGGCAUGGAGACUUCCUAUCAUCAUCAUGCAGAUAUACCCUGUCCUCUUGAUGGCCUUCAUUGGCAUUCUGCCCGAAUCGCCUAGAUGGCUCGUCUCUCACGACCGCAAGGACGAUGCCAAAGCAGCUCUAACCAGAAUUUACGGAGAAGACCAGGCCAAGGAGACUCUGGACAACCUCAUCGAAUCCAACGACAACGAGUCUUCCAAGAAUGUCACUUACACUGAUAUGCUUACCCCUGGGCAUGCUCAGUUCCAUCCCACCAUGGUCACUGUCAUGGGUCAGAUCAACCAGGCUCUUACUGGAUACGGAGCCGUCUCGGUCUAUGGCCCGCAGAUUUUCGAGCUGCUCGGAUUCGACACGCGCAUGUCCGAAUACCUGACACAGGGCAACUACGUCUCUUACUUCAUCCUGAUGACGUUCGCCUGGCUUUUAGUUGACGCUGUGGGCCGCCGUAAUGUGCUGCUUGGUGGAUCUAUCGUUUUGACAGUCUGCUUUUUCCUGCUCACUUUGUUCGGAGGUUUGGCCUUCAAUUCAGAGGAGUUGGGUAUUCCGGAUGUGGCUGUCGCUGUUCCUGGUAUUGUCGCUCUGUACGUUGCUACCGGAGCUUUCGGCAUUGGCUGGCUCGCAACCAUUUGGAUCUUCCCUACUACUGCUCGUGCGCAGGGAACAGCUGUCAGUGUCGUCGUAUGGGGUGUGGCUAACUUUGCUGUCACCCUCUUGACACCCAUCCUCUUCAACAACCUCAACUACUGGCUCUUCCUUGUCUUCGGCUUCUCGAACAUGUUCGCCGGAGUCUGGACAUACUUCUACCAACCCGAGUCUGGUGGCCGUAGCUUCGAAGAGAACCAAAAGUUCUUCGAAGAGGCCAAGAAAGCCGGUACUUGGAGAGUUGGUGCUGUCCUGGACGGCGAAUUCAAGAAGAUGCCAUACCCCAGCUCGGACAAUGACGAUAGUGAGAAUACACCUCUGUUGAGAAGAGUGAGGGAUCAAGUUUCGGCUUGA